UGUGUGUCAGCUGGCCUGGCUCGCCAGCUGAUGUCAGUGUUCACAAGACGGUCGACGAGUAAGGACGUCGUGCCGCUGCUCUGGUCCCUCCUGCACCCUUGCCAGGGUAACACCUCUGCAACAUGGCUCAGUUACUGGGCAGUUACAUUGAUACCAAGAGAAAGGCAGCAUGGAGGUAUAUAGAGGAAUGGCAGUCAACAGCCUAUUCACUGGUUGUGUUCACAGCAACAAUGAUAGUCAUGUUUUGGGCGAGUGUUUUUCUCUACACAUCUUUCUACUUCACCUACAUGCCGGAGGAAUCUAUUACUUGGCCAAUAAAUUUUCAUUACCGUUCAUGCCAGGAAAAGCCGGGUAUCUGCAGCAAUCCAUGUGCCAUUGUUGCCGUUACUGACCCUAAUCGUGGCUCUGUCCUUGCCCGAGGUCAGAAAUACCGUGUGGUUGUUGACUUUGAGAUGCCAGAAUCGCCCACAAACCAAAGGAUAGGUAAUGAAGAUAACAUGUUAAGUCUAGGUAUGUUCCUGAUCAACAUGAGCAUGAAGACGCAUACAGGGGAAGUGCUUCGUGAAUCCUCACGCUCCAGCAUGCUGCGUUAUAAGUCGCCUCUUCUGCAAACAAUAUCUACCAUGACCUUUUCUCCCUUACUUCUGUAUGGUAUACAAGAGGAGAAACAAAUGGUGACGGUGGAACUCUUCUCUCAGUACGAGGAAGACCCGGUGAUACCACUCUCUGAGGUUCAUGUAGAGCUGCAGACCCGGUUCGUAGAACUAUAUGGUGCACAACUACGAAUUCAUGCCGUUUUCUCUGGUCUUCGUUACCUUAUGUAUCACUACCCACUUACAGCAGCCACCAUGGGUAUUGGUAUUUGCAUGAUGUUCCUCUCUGCUGUUGUGAUCUUCAGCUGGUACCAGUUUUCUGGACCCACCUUGAAUGCCAGGAUUGGUGCAAAUCAAAUGGCUUACCCUAAUGGCAAUGCUCUACCAAUUUCUCAAGGCAACAGCAAGUCAACUAACUCAACAAAUGAAGAAUCUAUGGAUGUCUUGGAACAAACCGUGAGCUCGACUUCCUCUCCCAAGACAUCAAAACAGUCUCCUGACAGUUCAGUUCCUGGAAAGGCGGCUGGAAGUGAAGAAGCUCACGAGAAGGGAAGGUCUGAUCAUGUGGAAACAAAGAGACGUGACAGCGAUGAUUUUGAGGUGGUCAGCUCAUCAAAGAUGCCAGAUGAAAUAGGCUGCCAUAAAGUAUCAAAACCAACUGUCUGUCUGCCAAGUGAGGUAGACAGUAGACAGGGAUCAGAUGUUUACGGUAGUGAUGAUCAUGGCUUAACAGGUGAGGCAGUUAGUCAACAGUUACCAGGCAUGUGCAAAAAUGAUGAUGACGACAUUUCAGGUGAGACAGACAGCAGACAAGGCUCUAUAUAUGAUGACCAGGACAGUGACAGUACAGUCGACUUGACUGGUUGCAAACAAGUCUCAAGCGCUGAUGGUGAGGAGGAUUGUGUCAUUCGCCAAAGAAUACAAACUGCAGAAUAGACACAUUACAAGUCACCGAAUGUUUAUCCAUUCAGUGAAUAUAUAUAGGUAUUCAUGAUACUUGGUAUUGUUACAUUUUAAAUAUUCAUUCCAUGAGUGCCAUUUAAGUAUAUGAAAUAUUAAGAUUUUUCCAUUAAUACAGAAUAUAUAUACAGUAUAUACAUGUGUGCUAUAAUAGUGCUAUUUUCUGCAGUGACUGCUCAAGAAAGCAUAUGGAAUGUUGUGUGAAUUAUUGUUAGUAAUACAUAUUUGUGUGCCUACGGUGCCAAGAUAUAUCGGCUUCGUGUUAGUAUUCUUGUUUGCUGCAUAAGUCUCAAUGUGAAUACAGAAUUCGAGAGUAUUAAUUGCUAUGGUUUGUAGUGUUGGUGGUGCAUCAGUCAUAUCAUUAGUCUCUCUUGGUUUGUGUAUGCUUUAAGUUAGUGUUCUUAAUUAAAGGGAUAACUUUGCUAUA